UCUGAGGUCCUAGUGUGAGAAGGGCCAAGAGAUGGCCAAGGCUCAGGGUGACAUGGAGGCCUUUGCACUGCACCCUUGGGUGCCUGAACUAGGACCAUAAAGCCUGUUCCCUGGUGUACACGAGUCUUGGCAGCGGCAUGUCUCGGGGUUGUCCCCAGCUGUGCUCUCCCCUAGUCUGUCCCUCCCAGGCAGGGCUCUUUAUCGCUUUCACUAAAUCCUCACACACAGGCCUCCUCCUCCUAUUCAUUGUUGUACUUGUGAGCCAUUUGCCAUUCUGUUUAAAAAUCUCCAGUCUUCACUGGGCAGUGAUCCUUUGAUCAGGAGGCAAAGGAACGUGGAUCUCUGAGUUUGAGGCCAGCCUGGUCUACAUAGCAAGUUCCAGGACAGCCAGGGCCACACUGAGAAACUCUGUCUUGAAAAACCAAAAAGAAAAAAAAUCUCCAAUUUUCACUGACAGCUAGUUCAGUGAAAAGCAAAAAUGAUUGCCCAUAGAUUGUAUACGAAUACUGGGGUGGGAGGUGGUGUAGGGCCAGAGGUUUUCAGGAACAGGGAGCAUGUGGGCUGAACCUUGUACUAAGAUCCCCAUAGUCCUCCUGGGCUUGGCUAGAGCACAGCAGUUAAGAGGGGCCAGGAGUCAGGAGAGAAUUUGGAAACAGGGACUCUGGAACCUAUGGAUCAGGGCCUGAAGGUGCUUACCAGAAUCAUUUAUCUUAGUAGUCACCCCCUCCCCCCAACACACACACACACCCCGGGGGCGAUAAGAACAUCUUCUGGUUGGUGGGGAGCAGGAGAAAUCCUGAAUACGUGGUGCUGGCUCAGAACACCUCUGAGUGUCUGAUAAUCAAACAUUCGCCGGCUAGAACAGGACGGCGGGGCGGGGCCUCGUGCUUGCCCGUGCGGGCCUCACCGCCAGGGGGCGCCCACGAGAACGCGCGGCCGCGGCCCGAGCUUGGCCCCUGCGGGCCGCCGUCGCCACCCCGGCAUUCAGCCGCCGGUUCGGCCGAGCGGCGUCGGCUCCCGCGGCUCUGGGCGGCGCCGCAGUCGGACCCCAGGACACCCGCUGAUCCGUGGCGACGGCGACGACGACGAUGGUUCCCUGAGCGGGUCGGCGCCUCUUAGCGGCGGGCGGGCGGGCGCCGCGACCCUGCCCUAGUCGGGGCCCAGGCCGGUCGCGCCUCUUUGUCUCCGGGCGGAAGUAGGACUCGCGGCGGGGACGGGGCGGCCGCACGAUGAGCGACAUCCGCCACUCGCUGCUGCGGCGCGACGCGCUGAGCGCCGCCAAGGAGGUGCUGUACCACCUGGACAUCUACUUCAGCAGCCAGCUGCAGAGCGCGCCGCUGCCCAUCGUGGACAAGGGCUCGGUGGAGCUGCUGGAGGAGUUCGUGUUCCAGAGACUGAAUUCGCUUCAGGAGCUCCAGCUUCUUGAAAUCAUGUGCAGUUAUUUCCAGGAGCAAAGCAAGGACUCUGUGCGGCAGAUCAUCUUCUCCUCCCUUUUCAGCCCCCAAGGGAACAAAGCCGACGACAGCCGAAUGAGCUUGUUGGGAAAGCUGGUCUCCAUGGCCGUGGCUGUGUGUCGGAUACCCGUGUUGGAAUGUGCGGCCUCCUGGCUCCAGCGGACGCCUGUGGUCUACUGCGUGAGGCUUGCCAGGGCCCUUGUGGAUGACUACUGCUGUUUGGUGCCAGGCUCUGUUCAGACACUGAAACAGAUCUUUAGUGCCAGCCCUCGUUUCUGCUGCCAGUUCAUAACGUCCGUGACCGCGCUCUACGACCUGUCAUCAGAUGACCUCAUCCCGCCUUUGGACUUACUUGAAAUGAUUGUCAGCUGGAUUUUUGAGGACCCAAGGCUGAUUCUCAUCACGUUUUUAAAUACCCCCAUCGCCGCCAACCUGCCCAUAGGAUUUUUAGAGCUCACGCCCCUCAUUGGGCUGAUCCGGUGGUGCGUGAAGGCCCCUCUGGCUUACAAAAGGAAGAAGCCUUGCCUAUCCAAUGGCCACAUCAGUCACAAGGUUGCUAAGGACUCAGGCACGGGCACAGACAGAGACUCGCACCUGCUGUACUCACAGCUCCACCUGAGUGUCCUGCAGGUCCUCACGACACUCCAGCUGCACCUGACCGAGAAGAACCUGUACGGGCGCCUGGGGCUCAUCCUGUUCGACCACAUGGUCCCGCUUGUUGAGGAGAUCAACAGACUCGCUGACGAACUGAACCCUCUCAAUGCCUCCCAGGAGAUCGAGCUCGCACUGGACCGCUUGGCCCAGGCCCUGCAGGUGGCCAUGACGUCGGGGGCUCUGCUGUGUACGAGAGAUGACCUGAGAACCUUGUGCUCCCGGCUGCCCCAUAACAACCUGCUCCAGCUGGUGAUCUCGGGCCCAGUGCAGCAGUCGCCACACACCGCUCUUCCCCCUGGGUUCUACCCACAUAUCCAUACACCCCCGCUGGCCUAUGGGGCUGUGCCCGCCCACCCAGCUGCCCACCCAGCCCUGCCUACGCACCCGGGGCACACCUUCCUCUCAGGCGUCACCUUUCCAUUCAGGCCCAUCCGCUAGGCUGGCCCUCCCAGCCAAGCCGCCAAGCGGCUGUGUGCCUUGCACCUGGGCCAAGGAAGCCUUUGGAGAGGGGCGUGCUGGCCCCAUGGACAAGGACCCCUGGGAGGCAGCGGGUGGUCCCUCCAGCUGGCAGAACCAUCUUGGUACUGAUGUCCCAAGUUGCUGUUGACGGGGUGCCUCCUACCUGGUCACAUUAAAUAUCCAGAUUGGAUGAUGAAAGGGAGUGGGCUCCGCCCUCUGCAGAGAGCGCUGGCUGCGGGUGUUUUUAAAUAAGCCAGUGACAGCUGUCACUCACGCACACCACCAGGGAGUGCUGGUGGGUAGCCACCCAUGGGUCUGUUUGUCCGGCCUCAGGAAUGUGAAGUGUCUCUGCCACCAGCACCUGUUUUCUGCAGCUCUAUGAGCUCAGAACACAGAGGGUAAGACCCAGUUCCUAUGCAGCACUGGGCACUGCUCAGGGACACCUGUUGGGACCCCCGUCACCUUGGAAAGGAUCUGGGUUUUAUUAGGGGGCGGGUAUCUCUAAAUUUUCCUUUCAUGUGUUCAAAAUAAAUUUUUUUCUAAACAGUU